AAAAAAAAAGAGAGAGAGAGAGAAAGAGAGAGAAAAAGACACUCGAUCUCGAAAGAUUUGAAACGAUUCGUAGAUAAAGUAAAUUUGCCUCUGGUUAUGUGUUCAAGGCUCGCUUGAUAGGAUUUAACGCGCAAACGUGGCUGAUAAGCUUCGGGAAGUAAAGAAGUCAUUCUUUGCGGCGCGAUAAGGACCGCCCUUGGUCGCAAAGAUGGACUGUUGCAACUACGUCGAGGCUUACGCGGCAGGGAGCCACUUUUAUCAACAACAACAUUACUUUUGCUAUGAUAACAUGAAUACCGAUUACGGUGGUUAUGAACCGCCACCGAUCUCCAAUGCAAUCGAAACGAGCGCGCGAUACAACGGGACUGUAACGCCUGCGUAUCCUAUAGAUUACGUGUACAAUCCCAAAGAAGCGAGAUUGCGAAAGGCGAUGCGCGAACAGAGCCGCGAAUUAUCCAGACGAUCGAUCUUGCAGAGCGCGAUCGCACGUGCGAGCGUGAUCGCUGGUCCAGUCACUUCCGGCGGCUUCCUAGAUCAUCAGCAUCGUUUCGGCUGCGUUUCCUCGGCUAACAUACCGAUGAAUUCGUCCAUGGAACCGGUUCGAGUCGCGGAACCUUGGUUUCAAUCGACGCCUCGUCCAAAACCGAUCCAUUCACCCCGAAUGACCGAUUGGUACGGAAACGUGGCUGAUCCUAUCGAAAGACUGCAAGUAAUGGGUGCAAUGCAUCAACGUGGCCUCGAUAAAUGCAAAGACGUGAUGAGAAAUCAGGCUGUGGCCAGCGUGGCCAAUACCGUGUCUGCUGAAUGCGGUGCUACGUUUUCGAAUAACGGAUAUCCGGUCGAUUUCAGCGAUGUUAAUAGGGAAAGGGAGUUGCGUCGUCAGGAGAAUAUGGAGUACAAUGAAUUCACUGAUGGUCAGAAAUGGCAUCCUUAUCAGAAUGGCGGGAAUGCUCAUCAACAUCCCAGAACGUCUCAUCCUCCUCAAAUGAGCAACAUUCUUCACCCAAACAUUCAGAAUCCUGGUCCACAUGGACAUGGGCCAUGGGGUCAAUUUUGCCAUAACGUAUUACCACAUGCUUCAUCUAUGCCUCGAAAUAUUGGAGUUCGAGGGCCGCGUCACACUGUGUUAUUACGGGAUCGUGUACCCGUUAGACACUGUGAAUUUCCUGAAGAAACAGCGCGAAUGAUGUACAAUCCAAGCAAACUCGAUAUUGAGAAUGUACGAGCAUCGUAUACGCCUCCUGAACAUCAGAUGCCAAGAAUGCUAGAAACUUCAGUAAAUUCUGUUAUGGAUUCUGCGUCCGCAAUGAGGAUUCGUCGUGAAGAUGAUGGGCCCAGAUGGGAACCGAACGCUAUAAAUAAUAGAAUGUCUAUGGAUAACCUAGCUGCAACAACGGAAUCUAGCAUAUCAUGCGAAAAGGAACGUGAAUCUCGGCGAUCUGUCGAAAGAUUUGAGCCGAAGAAGAAAACUAUCAGUAAGCAACCGUUGCCUGGUUUUCACCAAGCAUUCGGUUCUACAGAGAUCGGCAGGUUCUCCAGAUCUGAGUUUUUCGUGAAUAUGGUGGGCGAGAGUGGUGCAAGCGUGGAAGUCGCCGACACGGAAAGUACUAAUGUAAGUACGGAUCGUAUGUCAGAGAUAAAUGGGGUUGCAGUUACAACUGCGACGCACGAUACAUCCGUGGUCACCACGACCGCAACGACGACCGUGAGGUCUUUCGAUGGCGACGAUAGCGAGGAAGCGAGCUUCGAAGACUCGAAUAACGACCUCGUCGCUUCUACGUCGAUGGGCAUGUAUUGUGACCAGCCAAAUAUUCCUCGAUGGCAUAGUCCUCACGUAGGCGCUAUAGGUAGCGAAAUUUAAACGAAUCUUUAAAUUCUUUCGUGGGCUAAGCGUUUUCCCAUUGAAAAUCUUACUAUAGAAUUCUCAGUCAGUUAUUUUCAAAAGUGUGAACUAAAACACGUUAAAACAUUUUCUCAUAAUCUUCAUUUUGGAUAUUCUGUUGCAUUCAAAAGAACGAUAAAAAAGUGA